GAAACAUAAAUAGACGACAACCUCAUGUCUUCGACCUCGCCUCGCUCCUUCCACUAAAGUCUUCCCUUUGCGUCUUCUUCUUCUUCUUCUCCUUCCACCAGAGAGACAGAGAGCCAAGAAAAGAAAGGGGUCGAAGGAUACCAAGAAUGGCUGGCUUGGACUAGGAAUCGAGCCGACAUGGGAAGUAGUAAGCAGCGAUGGAAGCUGUCCUUCCGCCGGUCGGUGGCCACCUCGCCGUCGACCUCCGCAUCGACUUCGCCCGCGCCCUCCUUCACGGCGGAGAUGCCGGUGGAGUUCCUCUGCCCCAUCUCCCGCUCCAUCAUGGCUGAUCCCGUCAUCAUCCACUCCGGCCACACCUUCGAGCGCAGCUGCAUCCAGGCCUGUCUCGACCUCGCCUUUCCUCCACCAGGCCUUCCCCUUGAUCUCCACCUCCCCUUCUCCUCGCCGGAGGCUGCGCCGCCCCUCCUCCUCAUCUCCAACGCCGCCCUCAAGGCCGCCAUCGUCGCCUGGUGCUCCCGCUGCGGCCUCCCCCCUCCCCUUCCCAUCCCCCCGGAAGCCGCCGUGGCCAUUGUCCGCCGCCUCAUGCCCCAAGAUCAACCUCUCCCUCCCUCUGCUGCUGCCUCUGUCGCCACCGGCUCGGCAGCGGUGCUCGCUGGUGGUGGAAAAGACGGAAAAGAUGAAGUCUGCAAUGGAGGUAAAGAAAAAGGUAUGGAAUUGCGAGCUUCCGAGUUCGUUGAUGGCGGAAAGGAUGCGAAAGAUGGCAUCUUGCCAUCGGUGUUGGAGGAGUCGAAGCAGACGAUGAACCCCACCACUUCUCCCCCUCUCUCCGAGCGACAACGAGGGAAGAACAAAUCCUCAAGCUUUUCGUCGGCGUCUACUCCGUCGUCAGCCUCUUAUCACUCGUCAUCUUCCUAUUCUUCUUCUGAGAUCGUGGUCGUCGACGAAAGAUUAGGUCGAGAGCAAGCUCCAAGAUUCACCAAUUCGCCCUCGCGGAGGACGACCGAUGCGAUGGAAGAGGUGUUGACCAAGUUGACGGAUUUGGAUGAGGGGGACCAAGAAUCCGCCGCGGCAGCCCUCCGACAGGCCACGAGGGAGAGCUGCGACCGGCGCGUCGCCCUCUGCACCCCGCAACUCCUCGGCGCUCUCCGGCCUAUGCUCCUCUCGUCCUGCGCUGCCGUCCAAAUCAACACUGCCGCGGCGUUGGCGAACCUUUCGCUGGAGCCGGUGAAUAAAGUUAGGAUCUUGAGGUCGGGGAUAGUGCCGGCGAUCGUGGAGGUGCUCCGGAGGGGCCAUUCGGAGGCCCGCGACCACGCAGCCGGCGCUUUGUUCGGCCUCGCCCUCCAGGACGAGAAUCGCACCACGAUGGGCGUCUUGGGCGCCAUCCCGCCGCUCCUUAACCUAUUCGCCCGACACUCCGCCGACGGCCCCCGCGCCCGUCGCGACGCAGGGAUGGCGCUCUACCACCUCUCCCUCGCCGCCGCCAACCGGACCAAGAUCGCGCGCGCCCCGGGAGCAGUCCACGCGCUGCUCGCGGUCGCGAGGGAGAGGGAGGAAGAGGCGGCCACUCUGGGGCAGGGCACGAAGCCAGCGAGGAUAGCGUUGAUGGUGAUCCAUAACCUGGCCAGCUGCAACGAGGGGCGCGCAGCGCUGAUGGACGCCGGCGCAGUGGCGGCACUGGUGGCGCUCAUGAGGGGGCCGCCGCUGGAGGCAGCGGAGGAGGAGCACUGCGUGGCGGUGCUAUACUGGAUGAGCCAAGGGAGCCUACGGUUCCGGGGCCUGGCGAAGGCGGCGGGAGCGGAGCAGGAGCUGACGAGGGUGGCGACGGAGGGCGGCGGAAGAGGGCCCCGGGGGGAGAUGGCAAGGAGGGCACUGAGGGCGAUCCAAGGGGAGGAAGGCGACAAUGAGGCCGCGGCCUCCCUGGGGUUCGAUCUGGGGGACGACGUCAGUAGCGCCCUCUCGGACGGGCUGAUGUCGCUUCGGCCGCGACGCAACGUUUUCGAUAACAGGCCGGCCGGGAUCAACUCAGCCAAGUUCUGAGUCAACUCGGCCGAGUGCGUUAGAGUUUGCCUCGCCUUUCAUCUCUCUCUUACCGAGCGAGGGAUGGUGUGAGCUCGUUGAGUAGGGAGUCUGUGGAAGAAUGGAAGCUUGUACGUCUUUGUUUGUAAGCUCUUCCGUAACUAUUUGGGAACGGCCAUGUGGACACGGCUUGGUGGGAUUCGG